GUCUCAGUCUCAGUCAGUCCUGGAGUUGGAGCCCAGACCAGCUGAAAUGCCUUCUCUGGGCCUGGUGAUGGAGAACGGCCAGGCGCUCCCGGCCUUCCUGCUCUGCAGCACACUGCUGGUCAUCAAGAUGUACGCGGUGGGUGUCAUCACAGGCUACACGAGGCUUCGGAAGAAGGCUUUUGCCAACCCGGAGGACGCCCUGAAACAUGGAGGCCUCCAAUUCUACAGGAGUGAUCCAGAUGUGGAGCGCUGCCUCAGAGCCCACCGCAACGACAUGGAGACUAUCUACCCCUUCCUCUUCCUGGGCUUCGUCUACUCCUUCCUGGGACCCGAACCUUUGAUCGCCUGGAUUCAUUUCCUUGUUGUCCUCACAGGCCGUGUGGUGCACACGGUAGCCUACCUGGGCAAGCUGAACCCACGUGUCCGCUCUGGAGCCUAUGUCCUGGCCCAGUUCGCCUGUGUCUCCAUGGCCCUGCAGAUCCUCUGGGAAGUGGCCCAUCAUCUGUGACCAGUGGCUGGAACCUCUUCAUCUUACCACACUGUGGACAGAAGCCACCGAGGCUGAGCCUGGCGACUUGGUGUCCCUUCUAGAAGAGGGAUGGGCUCAGGUCCCGGGUUCCUGGCCACCUAGGUGUGUUGAGUCCCUGAGCCCAAUGUGUGUGCGUGUGUUUCUUAGCCUCUUGGGUUCUGGAUGCCCAACUAGAACCACUUACAGAUGAACUGUCACGAUCGACAGAACGUCCUUGACUUCAUAAAGCCUUAAACAUCACCCACACCCCCCCUCGUGCCUCGUGGUGGCGCACACCUUCGAUCCCAGCACUGGGGAGGCAGAGUCAGGCGGAGCUUUGUCAGUUCGAGGCCAGCCUGGUCUACAGAGCGAGUUCCAGGACAGCCAGGGCUACACAGAGAAACUCUGUCUCGAAAAACCAAACAAACCUAAACAAUCGAGAGGACAGAGGAUUCUCUAACAAAGCCAUCAUUCCGUCUAGGGCUAAAAAUGAAGACUUCUCAAACCUACCCACAACUCUGGCCAGCCCAAAGAGAGACACCUGGCUGGUAUGUGUCCUCACAAGAGGCCGAGCGGCGGCCAGAACCCCUCAGACUGCACAGCUAGGGCACUUGGUAUUUUUCAGAGGUGGGCAGGUCUGCACGUCCCUGUUGACACCUCCCUGUCCUUUGUUCCAAGUGCCUUAGUACGGGCUGAGGAAGGGUGAGUGCUACGGUAAGCUCUGCCUGCCUGCUCAAGGCCUUAGCUCCUCCGAAAGGCAGUCGGUGAUGGGCUUUGGCCAGCCAGCUACGGAAAGUGAACUUUGGGCUUGUUCAGCAUCUAUGAGGUUUGAAGAUACCAGACGUCCACCCCUGUGGAAAACCUCACUUGUGUGUGUGUGUGUGUGUGUGUGUGUGUGGUCCCAGAGUCCGCCUGAGACCUGUUCAGGGUUAGUCAUUAAACAGCAAUGUGU